AAUUCAGCUAAUAAAAAUUUAAUUAUAUAUUCUCUUGAAUAUUCAUAUCCAUGACUUCCCGUAGGCGAUCGUCGAUUCAUUUUAUAUACCCAAACCAAAAAUUAAGUGUAUCGAACCCAAUAUUAUUAUAUUUGUUUUUGGGUUGGGUUUGUUUGCGUCAAACCCUAGAAUCCCAUUCUCAAUUCUUGGCUGCAGUUUGACUCUUCUUCUCCAAGGACACAUAAUUCUUGCUCAAUUUCAAUUGCAGAGGUCAGCUACAAACCCCAAUUUCUUGUUCCUGUAUGCUUGCUGGCUCAGAUUACAAUUUAUCUGAAGGUAACUGGAAACAGACUUGAGAGAGUGUGUGUGAUUUCAGUUUUGGAGUCGUGAGAUUUGAGGAGAAAGAUUUUCUAUACCUCUCGAGUGGAAUAAUUAAAAAUUUGCCAAGAUGAUGUCAAGAUCUUAUACAAAUCUUUUGGAUUUAGCAUCUGGGAAUUUCCCAGUAAUGGGUAGGGAGAAGGAGCGGAAGCGUUUCCCCAGAGUAAUGACAGUCCCGGGGAAUAUAGCCGAGCUCGACGAUGAGCAAGCUAAUAGUGUUACAUCUGAAAAUCCAUCUUCAGUGGCUGGUGAUCGAAUGAUCAUAGUAUCAAACAUUCUGCCUUUAAGAGCAAAGCGUAGGCCAGAUAAUAAGGGUUGGAGUUUUAGUUGGAAUGAGGAUUCUUUGCUUUUGCGGGUUAAGGAUGGCUUGCCAGAGGACAUGGAAGUACUGUAUGUUGGUUCAUUGCCUGUUGAUGUUGAUCCGAUCGAACAGGAUGAUGUAGCCAAUCAUAUCCUGGAGAAAUUUAAAUGCGUUCCUGCGUUUCUGCCACCUAGUCUUUUGGCCAAUUACUAUCAUGGUUUUUGCAAGAAGCAGUUGUGGCCGCUUUUCCAUUACAUGCUGCCAUUUUCAGCUGAUCACGGAGGUAGAUUUGAUCGGUCCCAGUGGGAAGCAUAUGUCUCUGCCAAUAAAAUGUUCUCCCAGAAAGUGAUUGAGAUACUUAAUCCUGAAGAUGAUUUUGUUUGGAUACAUGAUUAUCACUUGAUGGUUCUGCCGACAUUUUUGAGGAGGCGUUUUGUCCGCUUAAGAAUGGGUUUUUUCCUUCACAGUCCCUUCCCAUCUUCGGAGAUAUACAGAUCACUUCCUGUUAGAGAAGAAAUCCUCAAGGCCCUACUCAACUCUGACCUUAUUGGUUUUCAUACCUUUGAUUAUGCUCGUCAUUUUCUGUCUUGUUGCAGUCGAAUGUUGGGCAUAGAGUAUCAGUCAAAGAGAGGAUACAUAGGGUUGGAUUACUAUGGAAGGACGAUUGGAAUAAAGAUUAUGACAGUUGGGAUACAUAUGGGCCAUCUCGAGACAGUACUUAGACAAGCAGAUAGAGAACUAAAGGUUGAGGAGCUAAAGCGGCAGUUUGAAGGUAAGACCGUGCUGCUUGGAGUUGAUGAUAUGGAUGUAUUCAAAGGUAUCAACUUGAAACUUUUGGCUUUUGAGCACAUGCUCAAGGAGCAUCCAAAUUGGCAAGGAAGGGCUGUGUUGGUGCAGAUUGCAAAUCCUGCUAGGGCAAAAGGGAUACAUUUGGAUGAAAUACAGUCUGAAAUAGAGGAGAGUUGCAAUAGAAUUUCUAAGGAGUUUGGUAGACCUGGAUAUGAACCUAUCAUUUUUAUUCACCGUUCUUUAUCAAUCAGUGAAAGAAUGGCUUAUUACAGCAUUGCCGAAUGUGUUGUGGUGACAGCAGUGAGGGAUGGGAUGAACCUGAUUCCAUAUGAAUAUAUUAUUUCUAGACAAGGCAUCACUGGUGCAGAGUCAAAUUUGAGUGGACCUAAGAAGAGCAUGCUAGUGGUAUCUGAGUUUAUUGGAUGCUCUCCUUCCCUAAGUGGUGCAAUUCGUGUCAAUCCAUGGAAUGUUGAAUCAACGGCGGAGGCAAUGAAUGAGUCUAUAUCAAUGUCAGAAUCAGAAAAGGAGUUGCGACAUGAGAAGCACUACCGAUAUGUAAGCACUCAUGAUGUAGCUUUCUGGUCUAGAAGCUUCUUACAAGAUAUGGAAAGAACAUGCACCGAUCACUUCCGGAAAAGAUGCUGGGGUAUUGGUCUUGGUUUUGGGUUUCGAGUGGUGGCAUUGGAUCCUAAUUUUAGAAAACUUUCUAUUGAUGAUAUUGUGGCUGCUUAUUCUAGGGCCAAAAGCAGGGCUAUACUGUUGGAUUAUGAUGGCACAUUGAUGCCUCAAAAUUUGAUUAUAAAGACUCCAAGCGCUCAGAUACUCUCUCUUUUGAACAGUCUGUGUGCAGAUCCCAAGAAUGUAGUUUUUAUGGUGAGUGGAAGAGAUAGGAAGAGCUUAAGCCAGUGGUUUCUUCCUUGCAAUAAGCUUGGACUUGCUGCAGAACACGGCUACUUUUUAAGGUGGCCGCAACAUGAAGAAUGGGAAACAUAUGGUCAGGGUUCCGAUUUUGGUUGGAUGCGGAUGGCUGAACCUGUUAUGAAAUCAUAUACAGAAGCUACAGAUGGUUCUGGAAUUGAGAGGAAGGAAAGUGCCUUAGUUUGGCAUUAUCAGGAUGCAGACCCUGGAUUCGGUUAUUCUCAAGCAAAGGAAAUGUUGGAUCAUUUGGAGAGUGUCUUGGCAAAUGAACCUGUUGCUGUCAAGAGCGGACAGUUUAUAGUAGAAAUCAAACCUCAGGGUGUUAGCAAAGGUGUAGUUGCAGAAAAGAUUUUCACAUCAAUGACAGAGAAAGGGGAACAGGCUGAUUUUGUACUAUGCAUUGGUGAUGACAGAUCUGACGAGGAUAUGUUUGAACUAAUUGGUACUGCUGUGUCUAGAAAUAUACUUUCAUACAAUACCAAAGUAUUUGCCUGCACUGUCGGUCAAAAACCAAGCAAAGCCAAGUAUUAUCUGGAUGACUCCACUGAAGUGGUAGCAAUGCUCGAGUCUCUUGCUGAGGCUACUUCUCCAGCAUCAUCCGAUGAUGAAGUUCAUGUAUCUCCAAGAAGAUUUAGUCGCCUUGUUUCUUUUGAUGAUUAGCCUUACCUAUUUCUCUGAACGGUGAGCAAUCUGAGUUCGGCCAAUGGUAUCUGCUUAUGGAUGUUAGGGUUUAGUCAAUAGUAAAUGGAAAUGGUGUAAUUUUCUUCUUUCUUUCCUCAAGUCUCAUUCUUGUCUCAUAAUUUCUCAUUAGGCCUUCUGUUGGGUGAAGUUUAUCGAACUUGUUAGCUGCAAUUCUUUAGGGGGGGGGGGGGAUGUAGGAAAAAAUGGAGGUUUGGUACAAGGUUAGUGACUCAUUCUAUACACGGGAUAGAUGCAUCAUCUCAACAGCUCCGAUGACACGCGUUGGUUAUGUUCUUGGAUCAUACUUGCUUGGUGACACAGCUCCGAUGACAGAAAAGGAGCACAAUAUCCAGAAGAGUCUGGGAACUGGAUAAUCUGAGCUAUCGUGUUCUUGAAAUUCUGUUUGGAGUUGUUGAUGCUCGAAUGAUCCCCGUUGAGCUACUGCUUACGCGAGUAAGAGUCUGCGACCUCGAACUCUUUGGUAAGACCCCCCUGUACAGGUUGAUUGGUGUGAGGCUGCUGUUUUCAUUUGUGCAUGGUGCUUUAGGGGCAGACCCAAUCAAAAUGAUGUGAAUAAUUCUUUUGACUGAUGGAAUGUGACUUGUCAUAAAUUCUUUUGACGUUUGAUUCUAUUCUAUUUUAUUCCAGAUUUCAUUGUUACAUCA